AUGAAUUUCCAGCGUCUUACUACAAAAUUCAAGGAGAAGCUCAAGCCCUAUCGCAGCAGGUCCCGCAGCCCCUCAGCGAGAGACGACUCUUCGCAAAGCCUUCCGAACGUUCAAUCCAGCACAUCUGCUCCAAGUGCUACGUCAGCUAUCUCCCAGAAUGCUCCUCUUGCUACAGCGGAAGAUCAUCAAAGUCUUCACUCGCUCCCCAUCUUGACAAUCAACGGACCGGCGCCUGAACAAGGGUCGAGCAUUCAAGAUCCUCCAGCUCUGGAGACUGGCAUAGAGCUGGCGCCUGAGCCUGAAGAAGAUGACGAAGAGGGGAAACCAGCGCCAUCACCAUCAGACGAAAUCUGGGACAACGCAUAUGACGAGCUGAAAGUGGAGGAACCUGCACUGCUACAAGCAUACGAGAGGAUCUUGACGACCCAGCUCCUCAGCCAAAAUGACACCACGACUAAGGCUAUAGAGGUAGCUGGGGGAAACCGCAUCGACCAACACGACAAAGAGAACAGAAGAAGCCAAAUGCAGAAGCUGGUUAGGAAUGGCCUGGACAAGAUUUCACGAGAGUCAAAGGCGAAGUCCCGCAUGGACGACGUCCUGCCCAUAAUCAAUGCCUCGAAAGAUAUCGUCACCAACGUGGUUAAAGGUGUGCCACAGGCCGCGCUUCCAUGGGCCGCCGUUUCCCUUUCACUCGAGCUUUUGACGAAUCCUAUAUCCGAGACGAAGGCCAACUGCACGGGAGUCAAACAUGUGGUGGAGCAGAUGAAUUGGUACUGCGAACUGGCUACGCUUCUCUUCGGCAAUCAAGACGGUAUCACCGCCGGGAUCCAACGGGAACUGCGCACAAAGCUCAUCGAUUUGUACAAGAAGCUGCUUUCGUUUGAAAUCAAGAGCAUAUGCUCGUACUAUCGCCAUCGAGGACUGGCCUUUCUUGGCGACCUCAUUAAACUCGACGACUGGAAGGGGAAUUUCAAGGAGAUUCAAGACGCCGAAGCCUUCUUCAACGAGCAGCUCCAUACCUUUCAAAGCGCCGAUCUCGGACAAGACGUAAAGCAGCUAGUCGUCCAUGCGAAGGAUGAGCAGGCUUACCGAAAGUCUGACGAGGACAAGAAGUGUUUGAGAGAUCUCUACAUUACAGAUCCGCGAAUGGACAAGAGCAGAAUCGAAACAACCAAGGGAGGCCUAGUGCAAGACUCAUGGCGCUGGAUUCUCAAUCAUCCGGACUUCAAAACUUGGCUCCACGACGAGGGUAAGCGGCUCCUCUGGGUAAAGGGCGACCCAGGCAAGGGAAAGACAAUGCUUCUCUGUGGCCUCGUAGACGAGAUCACACAUCUUGUUGCUCAGUCAGGCGAUGCCAUAUCUUACUUUUUUUGUCAAGCGACCAUGCCGACCAUUAACAAUCACUUGGCCGUUUUACGCGGCCUGAUUUGGUUGCUUGCCGACCAGCAGCCAUCUCUCAUUUCUCAUGUUCGGGAAAAAUACGACCCCAUCGGCAAGGAUUUAUUCGAAGGGCCGAACGCCUGGUACAGCCUGACAAGCAUUUUCCGCAGCAUCUUGCAUGAUGAAAGGUUGACAACGACAUAUGUGAUCAUUGACGGCCUCGACGAGUGCACCACUGGUAUGCCUGAGUUCCUGGAGCUGAUUCGAGAAGCCCUGCCGUUCCAAAAAGUCAAAUGGAUAUUAUCCAGUCGAAAUGGACCCGAAAUUCAAGCGAACCUUGGGGACAUCCCCGACGCUGAGGGUGUAAUUCUCAGUCUUGAGCUGAAUGCCACCGUUGUUGCAGCUGCAGUGGAUGCUUACAUCUCUGAGAAAGCCUCCAAGAUAAAGCUCUUCACGAAAAACAAGCAAUUGAGAGAUGAGGCCUGCAACGUGAUACGAGAAAAGGCCAACGGGACGUUUCUCUGGGUGGCCAUCGUUUUCCAACAAUUACAACGUAUGAGGAUCUCUUACGGCGGACUAUCCGCUCUGAUGGACCGACUGAAUGGAUUACCAAAGGAUCUCACUGCGCUCUAUGAUAGAAUGCUCCAGCAAAUCGAGGACCUAGAUAGCAUAGAGGAGUCCAAGUUAUGCCGAGCUGUUCUCGGUAUCUGUGUGGUGGCAUAUCAGCCUCUUCGUCUUCAAGAGCUGGCCACACUAGCAGGCUUCACAGACGAACUCACAGACCCAUCGGAACUGCGGAUUCUCAUAGAGACCUGUGGCUCUUUUCUCACGGUCAAGGACGAGACCGUCUACUUCAUACAUCAAUCAUCUAAGGAAUAUCUUACGACCAACAGCCGGGCUCAGUCGUCCCUUUUCGCAAACGGCACUGAAGGAGUUCACUAUGGAAUUGCGAUGCAUUCAGUGGAGACUAUGGGCAAAAUGUUAUGUCGAGAUAUCUACAAGCUGCACAAUCCUGCUAUCCUUCUUGAGGACAUCAGUACACCAAAACCCGACCCUUUGGUGUCUCUGCGCUAUCCUUGCUCUUACUGGCUUCGCCACCUCUGUGUCUCAAUGGUCAGCUUCGAUCUGAACGAUGGCAAAGUGUUGAAGUUCUUGAAAAAGCACAUUCUUCACUGGCUGGAAGUCAUAAGCUUGAUGCAAAAUACAUCAGAGGGCGUUUCUGAUGUUAUUCAUUUUGAAGACCUAGUCAAGCAACAUUAUCCCGACAGCGAACUUUUGCGCCUAGUUCACGACAUACGUCGAUUCUUUCAACACAACUCGUGGAUCAUAAACGAUGCUCCGCUUCAAAUAUACCUAUCGGCAAUCUUGUUUACUCCCAAACUCAGUAUUGUGAGGAGUCUUUUCGAAGAAGAGUUAUUAUCAUGGAUUGAAGUGAAUCAAUUUAUCGAGAGCCAUUGGAGCUCUUGCCUACAAACAAUCGAAGAGAUUCGGGCCUUUUUCCUUGCACUCUCACCGGACAAAAACAUGCUGGUGACUGGUUCAGAGUGGAAUGGCCGGACAACAAUUACACUCUGGGAUGUUAAUUCCGGGAAGCAAAUCCGUGUACUCGGGCGUGUGGGGAAUAUCAGCUCAAUUAUAUUCUCCAGCGAUUCCAAGCGAGUCACGACAGCUUAUGAAGGCCGUGUUGUUUCUUGGGAUGUGGAUUCAGACAUUGCCCGUCAUCACACAUGGUCCCCAGGUGCCUGGCCGUCAAUCUCCAACGAUGGCAAGUUUAUAGCCUCUCGUGGCUUUGACAGUGCAAUUCAGAUACAAGACAUGGAUACAGGAGAAGAGCUGUAUCUUGUGCAUGAUUAUUACAAGUAUAGUCAUGAGAGUCGAAAAAGGGUCAAGUGGUCGAAUGAUGGCAGAUUUUUGGCAUUCGGCUACAAGGAGGUUACAAUUUGGGAUGUGAAAGAACACGCCAAAAACACGGUCAUCGACAGAACAGACCAAGAAGCAAUCUGUUUUUCGAGUGACUCCAUACUCAUGGCUUACCCAUCAUACGAUGAAACGCACAACAUCAAAAUCUGGAACCUAGAGAAGAAGCUUGAAGUCAGGACCAUUUCUCCAAUAGAACGUGAUUUGGAGGCAGAAAUAUCCUCACUCGAGUUCUCAACUGACUCCAAAUUGCUAGCUGGAGGGGCUGUGAAUUACAUCUGGGUUUGGGAUGUUACGGCCGGUACCCUUCUAACGCAUUUGGAUCUCAAGGGCGAGUCUACGUACCAUCUCUGCUGGUCACUGGACUGCAAGAUCCUGGUAUCCUCACAUCACGGAAGCAUUCGAGUGUGGGAUAUGACCGCAUCUGUAAAACCAGAGCCCGUCCCAGAGAUUGCCACGCAAUAUGCUGUGCUUAACGCGAUGGCAAUCAACAAUGACUAUAAGCUCGUGGCUACCGGGGCAGAAAAUGUUAUCGUCAAAGUCUGGGAUACAACCGCAGGCAGCGAGCUAGCGAAGUUUGAAACAGAACUGGAAAGGAAUUUUAGGCCAAACUCUGUGGCUUUUUCACCAGAUUCCAAGUUCAUAUACACCCAUGAAGAAGUUAGUGUCACUGCAUGGGACAUUGAAUUGGGGACAAAAGCAACAGAUUUCACGGUACCUUGGGGCGGCGGCAUGUCUCGGUUCUGCCUCGGCGCGGACUUUUCUUUUGGUGGCAGACUCUUUGCUAAAGCGAUCCCGAGUGGACACGUCGCGAUAUGGGAUAUGUCCACAGGCCAGGAAACUGUGCGUUUUACCUUGCCAUACGAAAAUGUUAUGGCAAUGGCAUUUUCCAACAAUGCGCAGUAUCUCGGCGUUCUGACUAGAGGUGGGAGGAGCUUUGGCGUCUGGGAUGCCAUCACCGGGAAUCAAAUCAAGCACGCCAAGGGGCACGAGGGUGUAAAAAUUGGUCAUCAUUCAGUAGCCGUGUCUAACGAUGCUAGUCGCGUACUUGUUGGGUAUAUACAAGUCGACGGGAUCAGCGGCGAGAUCUGGGUACAUAACGAGGGGCAGAAGAUGAUCAGACUGACUUUCGUUGGACGAUGCUUCGACCAGCUCUUUGGAGCCAGAGAAUCAUAUAUCACAACGUGGCGCGGUUAUAUCGACUUGAACGGCCUGCAGACUGGCUGCGAGACACAGGACUCUUAUCAAACCAUAUCUGACGAAGACAUUCGGUUCGAAGGCUACGGUUUAAGUUUGGAUGAAGAUUGGAUCACUUGGAAUGGGAGCAACAUCUUGUGGUUACCGGCUACCUAUCGACCAUAUUGGGACGAGGGCGAUGGCGUCGCCAUACUUCCUCUUGGUCUCUUCAUCGUUGUGGGUGGCAUGGUCGUCAUCAUCGGAUUUUCCGGUCCCCCGCCAGGAUAG